CUUAGUUUACUUUUGUCAUUUGCCCGCUGAGGUUUAGAAUAAUUUGCACCAUGAAGCUGUUGAUCUUGCUCGUAGUUUUUGCUGCUUUUGCGACUAUCUCGAUAGAUGCGAAAAAUGCUAUUUGUGAUCUUCCCCACUCCAAAAAUGGGGAAAUGAUUGCCUGUACGGCUUAUAUACCUAGCUAUUCGUAUGAUUCCAAUAGAAACGAAUGCGUCAGGUUCGUCUACGGAGGCUGCAAGGGAAAUGACAAUCGCUUCUUGACCCGGGAAGACUGUGAAGCUCAAUGUUUGGAUUAAUUUAGAUUUAAGCUGAUUAA